GUGACCAUUGCGCACUACCCGCCCCAGCUGAAAGACCCUGGGGAGCGCAAGGCGAGGAUCCAGCCCCACUGGGACCGCACGCUCUUCGCGCUGAUCACCACCAGCCGCUCGGGCUUGGAUGCCAUGGGCGACCGCGGGGAUGAGGAGUCCAAUGGAGGUUUGCAGAUUUUGGUGGACAAGGAGACUGGCGAGGGCGUGGAUGGCCGUGCAGAAGUGGAGGGCCGCGCCACGGAGUGGCAGAGCGUGGUGCGCCCGGCCGGUGGCUUCGUGGUGAACUGCGGCGAGCGCCGCGGCGACAUCGGUGCUCGGGAGCGAGGUCUGAAGCACGUGGUGCACCGCGUGCAGAACCCCGUGCCCGGCCAUGCGGACGCAGAUCGCAUUUCCCUGAUGGCCGGGUUUCGGGGUGCGGGCGAGAUCUUGACCGGGGGUAUGGGAGCCUACGUGCUUCCGGACUAUGACGCCGUAGUGGAGUGCGAGCACUGCAAGCGGGAUGGGUCGAAGCCGCUCUACGACAAAACGUGGGUGGGAGAGAUGAUGAACUGGGCCAGCAAGCUGCCGAUCUACAACAAGACGACACUUGGCACUCUUUGUCGGCUGGGUAUACCGCCUUUGGGUUUGUGCCCGAAGUGGCUGAACACGAUUGACUGUGGCUCAUGCGAACAUCCAGGUAUUUGA